AUGUGCGAUCUGAUGCGUUUCUUGCUCCGCGAUCCGACUCAAUUCGUAACGUUGGCCAUGUUUUUACUCACAACGCGGGCCCAAAAGUACGGAAAUGAUUCAACCGCCAAGCCGGAAUUCACUUCGGACAAACCUCAAGGUCAGCCUCAGAAACCGCCGGAGGAGAUGCGAAUUAAAGGGACUGGGCGAAUUUUCUCGACCAAACGAGAUUUGCCUUCGUUGUUGACCAGAGUUGAGGACGAAUGGACUGAAACUCCGUUUGUAAAGGCCAAGGUUAUGGAGGAUAUCAAGGGAAAUCGGAGUGGUAAGUCUUGAAAAGGGUUGUCUCUAAAAAUCGGAAAAUUUUUUAAAUUUUUUAUGCAAAAAAUGGCAGGUACAAAGCCCAUAUUUUAAUUGUGACCCCUCUUCCAUUGUAAAUGUUUUCAAUUUCCAGCCAACAAGUCACAUCUCAACGACGACCAUAUUUUCAAACCUAAGAAUUCGACAAAAACAAAGUUGACCAAAAAAUCGGACAAGCCAGUCCUGCGCCAACGGAAUAACUCUGUAGACACUGUAAAGACCACUGAUUUUUCACGGCCCAUUACUCCAGUCGAGGAAACUAUGAGUGUAACCUCUUUGCCAGCGAAAUAUGUUCCUUAUGAGACGGAUGUAAAACUGGUGGAUAGCUGGGACAAAAUUGAGCUCCUUGAGCCGGAUGAAUAUGGAUUUUCCAAUGUGAAGCAGCGAUUGCCAUAUCGACAAACUUACGUUUAA